AUGUCACCGUCCUUCUCCAUCGCAACCACCGUCUCACCGGCUUCUCUAGCCGGAACUCUGGUCUCUAACUCCAAGACUGUUUCGUGUGGUCUAUAUUGGAAGAACAAUGAAGCUACCAAGACGAUUAGGGAUCUAAAGUAUAGAGCUUGCUCUGUUUCUGGAGGCUAUAACAACACAUCUGUGGAGAAUGUACCUUUUCCUCGUGACUACUUCGAGCUUCUUAACCAAGCCAAACAAGCAGUUGAAUUGGCUUUGAAGGACGAUAAGCAGUUAAUGGAAAUUGAGUUCCCAACAUCUGGUCUUGCAUCUGUGCCAGGUGAUGGGGAAGGAGCAACAGAAAUGACAGAAAGUAUGAAUAUGAUACGCGAGUUUUGUGACCGCCUUUUAUCUCCUGAAAAGGCUCGAACCACAAGAAUUUUCUUCCCAGAGGCAAACGAAGUCAAAUUCGCUCAGAAUUCUGUCUUUGGAGGAACUUACUUUAAGUUGGACUAUCUCACAAAACCUUCUCUUUUUGAGGACUUUGGUUUCUUUGAAAGAGUAAAAAUGUCCGAUCGAGUGAAGCCUGAAGACGAACUGUUCCUCGUCGCAUACCCAUAUUUUAAUGUCAAUGAGAUGCUCGUAGUGGAAGAGCUCUACAAGGAAGCUGUUGUGAACACUGACCGAAAACUACUCAUCUUCAACGGCGAACUUGACCGCAUUCGAUCAGGCUACUAUCCAAAGUUCUUUUACCCAAAACUGGGUGCACUGACAGAGACACUUCUUCCGAAGAUGGAGACAGUCUACUACAUCCACAAUUUCAAGGGACAAAAAGGAGGUGUCCUUUUCAGAUGUUACCCAGGUCCAUGGCAAGUCCUGAGGAGAACAAGAAACAGUUGCAUAUGUAUUCAUCAGCAAGAAACAAUGCCUUCUCUCAAGGAAGUUGCCCUCAACAUUCUUGCGUCCGCUUGA